CAGCGCACGGACGGCGGCGGGGACAGCGGGGGACACCGCCAGCCCUCGCUGAUGAUGGCACUGCUGCUGCUGCUCUCUGCCCUGCUGUGCGAGCGGGCUGCAGCCUGGGGCUUCAGGGAUGGCGUGCUGCACAACUCCAUCUGGCUGGAGCGGGCAGCCGGGGUGUACCACCGCGAGGCGCGCUCCGGCAAGUACCGGCUGACCUUCGCCGAGGCGCGGGCCGUGUGCGAGUACGAGGGAGGACACCUGGCCACGCUGCAGCAGCUGGAGGCAGCUCGGAAAAUAGGUUUCCACGUGUGUGCUGCUGGCUGGAUGGCCAAGGGCAGAGUUGGCUACCCCAUAGUAAAAGCUGGAGCCAACUGUGGCUUUGGCAAGACCGGGAUUGUUGAUUAUGGAAUUCGCCUCAACAGGAGCGAGAGGUGGGACGCCUACUGCUACAACCCCAACGGAAAAGAGUGUGGCGGAGUCUUCACGGAUUCCAAACACGUUUUCAAGUCGCCAGGCUACCCAAACGAGUACGAGAACGAGCAGGUUUGCUACUGGCACAUCCGGGUCAGGUACGGGCAGAGGAUCCACCUGCAGUUCCUGGAGUUUGACGUGGAGGAUGACACUGCCUGCCUGGCUGACUUCCUGGAGGUCUACGACAGCUACGACGACGUCAACGGCUUUGUGGGCAGGUUUUGUGGGGAUGAGUUGCCAGAUGACAUCAUUAGCACAGGGAACGUGAUGACGCUGAAGUUCCUGACGGACGCCUCGGUGACUGCGGGCGGGUUCCAGAUCCGCUACUCCAGCCUGGACACGCCUGCCCCAGCCAAGAACGCCACGGCCCAGGGCAAGAGCGGCUUCCUGGCUGGGAAAUUUGGCAUCAUGUGAGCAGAACAGCCAGCCAAAAAGGGCCUUUAGGUCAACGCCAUUCUGAAUUUUUCAGGCGUUUUUUUCAUCCCUUUCUGAGGUUUUCUCUUUGGCUUUUCUGUGUUUCGGUAACACACCGCAUUAGGGAAUAAAUUAUAAAAUAUACUUACAUGGAUAAUAGAGAAUUAUUUUUACAAGUACUGUAAGAAUUGGAACAAUUCAUUGCUACCAAAGAUUUUAAAUGUUUUUUUUUAAUAUCAACUGCUCUUUCUCCUCAUUUCUUGCACCACUUGAACAAACUUUUUGUGUGUCUGUCCUGAUUAUUUUUAAACCUAACAGGUUCUUCGCUCUUUAUUUCCCUUGAUUUUCACAUAUUUAUUUUUUUAGACUGUUGCUUUUUCCCCCUGUUCUCUACACAUUAUUAUUUUUUUUUAAUUAACUGGUUUUCUUGAACUGGAAGGGCCUUCAUUGUAAGGUGAUUUUUAAGACACAAAAAUUCAUCUUGUGGAUGGCCUGGCAGCCAGCAGGCGAAGACUGGGAAGCAGCACAGGAUCAGCUGGAUCCAGACUUCCAUUUUCUUGUCAGAUCCAUGGAUUCUGUCAGGGUUUCCUCAUCCACAGAAUGAAGUCCUUUCACAAGAAUUAAAGGAAGGACUUGGUGAAGAGAAUAAAAGUGGUGAGAGGAAGCAGCAGGAGGAACUUCUCACCGAGCACGUUCAGAAAACAACACCGAGGUGCUGGACCUUGUUUACACGGGUUUAAGACUGUCCUAGCUGAAAUUGCUGAAUUUAAAUCCUUUCAGACUGUUCUAGUUGAAAUUGCUGAAUUUAAAUCCCUUCAGACUGUUCUGGUUUAAAUGGCUGAAUUUAAAUCCCUUCAGACUGUUCCAGUUGAAAUUGCUGAAUUUAAAUCCUUUCAGACUGUUCUAGCUGAAAUGGCUGAAUUUAAAUCCUUUCGGAC